UAAACAAAUUUUAAUUUCAGGUAUGCGGCGACAUUCACGGACAGUUUUAUGAUCUGAAAGAAUUAUUUAAAGUCGGCGGUGAUGUUCCCGAUACUAACUAUUUGUUUAUGGGAGAUUUUGUCGAUAGAGGUUUUUAUAGCGUAGAAACUUUCCUUCUCCUCUUAGCAUUAAAGGUACGUUAUCCCGAUCGCAUAACUUUAAUUCGAGGAAAUCACGAAAGUAGACAAAUUACGCAAGUGUAUGGUUUUUAUGAUGAAUGUUUGAGAAAAUAUGGGUCUAUUAUGGUAUGGAGAUAUUGUACAGAAAUAUUUGAUUAUCUUAGUCUCUCUGCCAUUAUUGAUGGAAAAAUAUUUUGCGUACACGGUGGUCUUUCACCUUCCAUUCAAUCAUUAGAUCAAAUAAGGACUAUUGAUCGUAAGCAAGAAGUUCCACACGAUGGUCCCAUGUGUGAUUUGUUAUGGUCAGAUCCUGAAGAUACUCAGGGUUGGGGUGUCAGUCCGAGAGGUGCGGGAUACCUGUUCGGAAGUGACGUGGUCAGCCAGUUUAAUGCCGCCAACGACAUUGACAUGAUCUGCAGGGCACAUCAAUUGGUGAUGGAAGGUUACAAAUGGCAUUUUAGUGAAACAGUUUUAACUGUAUGGUCGGCACCCAAUUACUGUUACAGGUGUGGGAAUGUUGCUGCCAUUCUAGAAUUAGAUGAACGACUCCAAAGGGAAUUUACCAUAUUCGAAGCCGCUCCACAGGAAAGCAGAGGUAUACCCACAAAGAAACCACAGCCAGACUACUUUUUGUAAUGUGGACUUCUCCUGGAUGGACGAAGACGACUCAAUCCGUGGUGCUAGUGGAAAAUAAGUGUAUAAAAGACUUGAAAGGAAAGAUGCUCACCAGACCGCUUUCACGUAUUUUAAUGUAUAUAUUCCAUUGUCCACGUACGAAUUGUAGACCGAAUGUAAAUUUUAAAAGUUCUUGUAGAUUAUCCAAAGGAAACUUUUACUAGAUUAUUUUAAUAUUUUAUAGAUCCUAAAUAAAUAUUUAGCAUAAAAUUGUUGGUUAUUAAAUGUUAUGCAGUUUUCAUGCAUGUGCUAUUGGUAAAUAAUAUGGCAAGUACUGACUCCAGGUAAAAAAGAUAGGAAAAAUUGCAUAAACUGAUAAAUCAAAGUUUAUGUAAAACUAAAUUGCAAUCUGAAAAAGUUUUGUUAGAGAUUAUUUCACUGUUUAACAUUUGUAAUCAUUAUCAUAAUUUCUGCAUGAAAAAAUAGACAUGAAAAUCUUGUUCCACAAUAACUAGUUGGUUCGCAUGGAUAUGUGAUCUCAUACUUUAUUUUAAAAGCUUCUUGUUAUCUAAAUGGAACAUUGACCAUGCCAAUACUAAAUUUCAGAGAAACUGAUUUUAGUUCAGAUUUUUUAUUUCAAAAUUAACAACACAGAAUUAAAAUUCAUGACUAAUUCGUAAUUGGGUAGAUGACACUAGAACAGCAUGGCUCUAACAAGAUGUCACAACUUUUAUAUUUAAUAUGCAAAAAAAUUUAAGAUGAUGACAACUCUAAUGCAUCAGUAGAUAGAAUUUUAUACUUUAAUCCAGCUUGCUUAAUUAUGCUUAGCAGAGAAAAUCCUUUACCAAUCACUCCAGCCAGUCAUGAUAGGAAUAAUUUAUGAAUUGUCCUUCGUUUGGAUCUCUGUCUUGACUUUGUAACUCAAGAAUGCAACGUUUAAAAGCAUCUCAUACUUGUUCUAAGCAAUGACUU